AUAAACAGAAAUUCACUUCACACGCCCCCAAUUCAUUCUCGCUUAUCUGCGUUGAGCUCUCCCAUUCUCUCUCUCUCUCUCUAGGGUUUUGCUGGUUUUAUCUAUCUAGUUCGGCCGCCGAGGAUGUCUGACGAGGAGCAUCAGUUCGAGUCGAAGGCCGACGCCGGUGCUUCCAAAACCUACCCGCAGCAGGCCGGAACUAUUCGUAAGGGUGGUUACAUUGUCAUCAAGGCCCGCCCCUGCAAGGUUGUUGAAGUUUCGACCUCCAAAACUGGAAAGCACGGUCAUGCCAAAUGUCAUUUUGUUGCCAUUGACAUCUUUACCUCAAAGAAGCUUGAAGAUAUUGUCCCCUCUUCCCACAAUUGUGAUGUUCCGCAUGUCAACCGUACUGACUACCAGCUCAUUGACAUAUCCGAGGAUGGAUUUGUGAGCUUGUUGACUGACAAUGGCAACACUAAAGAUGACCUCAGGCUUCCAACUGAUGAUGCUCUUCUUACUCAGAUCAAGGAUGGCUUUGGUGAAGGAAAGGACCUUGUUGUGAGUGUUAUGUCUGCCAUGGGAGAGGAGCAGAUCUGUGCCCUAAAGGAUAUUGGCCCGAAAUAGAUUGUUUUGUCGGUGAGAUAUUUCGUGGUGGUUUAUUUAAACUUUAAAUGAGAUAGACAUGAUAUUUACAGAUUACUAAAGGUUUAUGGGAGGAUUUUGAGCCAUCUUAUUUCGGCAUUUGUUAUCGCUGAAUAUUGAUGGUUCUUGUCCUCGACUCACCUUUAUUAGGAUGAUGUGGAUUUCAAUUAUGUUCUGUUUCUUUUUUCUCGAUUGUGCUUUUUACUUCAAACUUUUCUCGUGGGAGGUUUGGAUAUCGACUUUUGAAUUCAAGUGUUGGGUUAGAUUCGAUUUCCCAUCAAUUAUAGUUGCUUCUUUAA